GGAAGUAGCGAGACCAUGGUUGCUGGUGGAUCUUGUCCCUUCUGUCAGGCCCUUCAGACUGCGGCUGGGAGUGGGAGUGGAGGUGUGUACUGCGCGCCCUGCCGAGGAUCUUCUGCCAGAAUCACUGUGAUCCGAGAGACUGAGGUCAUCGACCCCCAUGAUCUCCUAGAAGGCCAGUACUUCUCUGGAGCUCUACCUGAUGAUGAAGAUAUUGGGGGGCCAGGGCAGGAACCUGAUGACUUUGAACUGUCAGGCUCUGGAGAUCUGGAUGAUUCGGGAGACUCCAAGACCAUCCUUGAAAUAAUCCCACCCUUGGUGCCUCUAGAUAACCACCUCCCAGAGAGGGUGGGGCCUGGGAGUCGGGUCCCCCCUGAACCCAAAGAACUGGAGGAGAAUGAAGUCAUCCCCAAGAAGGUCUCGCCGCUUGACGGGGAGAAGGAUGUGUCCAACAAGGUGUCCAUGUCCAGCACUGCCCGGGACAACAGCAUCUUUGAAAAAACUGAGGUCCUAGCAGCUGUGGUCGUGUGUGGCGUUCUGGGCAUCCUUUUUGCUGUUUUCCUGAUCCUGCUGCUGGUGUACCGCAUGAAGAAGAAGGAUGAAGGCAGCUACGACUUGGGCAAGAAACCAAUCUACAAAAAAGCCCCCACCAAUGAGUUCUACGCAUGAAGCUUCCCCACAGGCAGUGCUGGGACUUCAGUGGGAAGGGCAGCCAAAGGAUUGUGAACGGUGGGCAUUAAAGUACGGGGAGGGCACCUUAGGACUGACCUGUCAGUGUCCCCAGCUCUGGUCACCUUUUCAGUGUCAGAAGCCACAUCAUCUUCUACUGUGCUGCCUCUCUUUUCCUGAUUCUUUGGGCCAGAGUUGCCCUGAUAGAAAAAUGGGGUUAAACUUGGCUUUUCUGAAGGCAAGCUAUGGAUUGGGUCAGCUUAGAAUCUAGAAUGUUUAGAAGCCUGUCCUGAACAUGCCUCAUGUGACAGUGUGUGGGUCCUGGCUAGAGGUCCUCUCCGGCCGCCUUCCUCCCCGUCUCGAAACCUGUCCCUCUGCCAGGAAUCAGGAGAAGGAGCUAGAGCCGUCUGCACCCUGCAGUGUGUCUGUCCACAGGUACUUGUGAGCACACUACAGGACUCUGGCAUAUCUUGGGCCAUUAGGGCUCUUUCAAAUGAUUUUUGGUUAUCACCAUUUUUUUAUUUGGGGAGGGAAGGGAGAAGUGCUGAAAGCUCAUGCUGAAAUAGAUUUGUAGAUUAUGUGUAAAUCUGGUUUUUUUUUAAUGGUUCAUUCCUUUGUGCAGAGUGUUGCUGCGCAAGUGUGGAGAUACAGAGGUGGUCUUAACUCUCACGCAUUUCCACGGCACUUGCUAAGUUUGUAUUUAACAUUUUUGUUUUGUUUUUGUUUCUUGAAAAUGAGACAGAGAUAUGAUUUUUAUUAAUUUUUCUUUCUUUUUUUUUUUUUUUACUAUUUAUACCUUCAGACAGGGCCUCUCUUUCCUCUUCCUGUUUUGCUUUUUCCUUAAACCCCUUCCCCAUUUAAAAAAUACUUCACGCUCCCCUGCUUAUGACCUCGGCCCUUUCUGAAGCUGAUUCAUCUGAAAGUAGCUUUUGCUGAAACAGUUUUGUAGCACAUCUCAAGAAAUAAUGUAGAUGAUGGUGGGGUAUUUGUGUCUGUAUUCUUGUAAUAUAUUAUUAUUAUCUCGUGGUUCUAGGAAAAUAGAUCAAUAUAUUUUUUCAGGAUAUAGUAUGAUAUUUCCAGUCUUAUGUGGCUGAGUAAGUUUCUGUGUGGUUGGGUAAGUUUUUGCCUCUUGUUCUUGCCCAGUUCCUGGUGCCUUCUGACUGGGCUGGAACAGUUGAAGGCAGAUGAUUUUAAACCUCUUUCUGCCUUCUGCUAGGGGCCCAGCUGGGGUCCUAGGGCAGUGGAGGCAAACCUAUGGGACAGGGGACACAUGCACAGUGGGCUGUUUGUUAGCGCCAGUGAAAGCUCUAAAAGGUUUGUCAUCGCUGCCCUAGAGGCUGCCAUCUUCACUCUUGGGUGUGCUGGUCAAUACGGUCACUGCACGUGUGACUGUUUAAAUGAGGUCAGUGCAAAUCACAUAAAAUUAGGAAUUUGUUCCUCAGUUGCACUGACUGCAUUUCCAGUGCUCAAUUGCCACAUGUGGCUCAUGGCUACUUAUUGUCCCUACUGGGAGAACAUUUCCACCUAUGGGAUGCAUUGCUCUAGAGAACUAAAUGGCUUAGCAAGUUACAGCUCAGCUUGGCUGGGAUCGCCUUUGUCACCUUGAGCAAGGUAGGGGACAGAGAUGGGGGCUGAUGAGGCUCUGGCUGGGCCCUGUUACCGGGGACUCCUCUUGAGAGGAGAGGGUAGCUCAGCUGGGCCGGGCUGGGUCUUCUGACCCCACUGGCUGCGGUGAAGGGAAUCACCCCCUUGGUCCACCCAGUGGCUGUGAGCUCCCAACGCCGCCCCAAGCCAGGUGCCCAGCAGGCUGGGUCCUCUUCUAGUGCCUUGCCGGUGUCCUUUUCCUCAGGCUGUGUUGGAGCGAGCACUUCUUUUGCAGCUGCCUCUCACACUGUUGUCUGUUACUGAUUUUUUUGAUAAAAAGAUAAUAAAGCCUGGUACUUUCUAGA